AUGGAUUCAAAUGCAUCAGGCUACCGUCUAAACCAUGCUGCUCUUUCCUUUUAUCAAAGCAAAGAGGAAGCCAACAUUAUCGACCUCGGGCUAAGUCUUAAAACUUUGCAGCCGGAUGCAUAUUAUCCUUCUGGUCAUGAAAAGUAUGAAGUCCUGGUAGAUUGGCAGCAGCUGCAUCCCCAGUUAAAAAGCAGUAUCGAUGUAUAUCCACGAAAAAUAAAGGAAAAUUGCGAUGAUGAAGCAGAAGGGAUUCAAAGCAAAGAGCGUUGGGCUUACGUGAAAGUUAACAUGGAUGGGGUAGUAGUUGGCAGGAAGAUUUGUAUCCUUGAUCAUAUGGAUUAUUUAAGCCUUGCACUUCAACUAGAAGACAUGUUUGGGAAUCAAUCCAUAGCCGGUCUGCAUCUGUUUGAAGCUGAGUCUGAAUUCUCCUUGUUUUACAAGGACAAAGAUGAGCAAUGGAGGACUGUUGGAGAUUCUCCAUGGAAGGAUUUUGUUGAUAGCGUAAAACGGCUGAGAAUUGUGCGCAAGGAUGAAGCUGAUGUUCCCUUCAUAAUUCAAUGA